AGAGGCCCCUGCCCGGAUGGCAGCAGCAGUUCUAGGGGGAGACGCCAUGGGCCCUGAACGUAUCUUCCCCAACCAAACUGAGGACUUAGGGCCACAUCAGGGCCCUACAGAAGGAACUGGGGAUUGGAGCAAUGAAGAACUCAAGGAAGAGCAGGAGGAAACAGGAGCAGGCCCGGCAGGCUACUCCUACCAACCCCUCAAUCAAGACCCUGAACAAGAAGAGGUGGAACUGGCACCAGUGAGUGAGGGAGAAGAUGGAGCUGCUGACAUUCAAGAUCGGAUCCAGGCCCUGGGGCUUCAUUUGCCAGACCCACCAUUAGAGAGUGAGGAUGAUGAUGAGGAGGGGGCUGCAGCAUUGAGCAGCCACAGCUCUAUCCCCAAGGACCCAGAACACGUAGAGCUGGUGAAAAGGACCAUGGCUGGAGUAAGCCUGCCUGCACCAGGGGUUCCUGCCUGGUCUCGGGAGAUAUCGGACGCUCAGUGGGAAGAUGUGGUACAGAAAGCCCUCUAA